CGAUGAUUAUACUUACAGUAGGUUCUUUUUCUACUAUCUAGCUUAUGCCCAUGACAUCUGAGCCGGACUAACUGCAGGGACGCACUGGCUUUUAACCGUUCAGGAACAAACGAUGGGGAACUUGGAAGGGAUUAAAAUGCGACACACAGUCUCACUCGUCGCUACUCAGCCUAGAAGUAAGAUCCCCACUUCUUCUACUAUCCUUAGAUAGCCCGGCGUGUCCUUUUGUCGAAAUGCAUCUUUCAACUGGUCUUUCGUUGGUGUCCAUCGCAUAUCUGUGGGACGUUGUAUCUGCAUCAACAAACCUCACCCAAUGUUUCCUAGACAUGCAGGCGGGGAAAUUUGGGCCAGACGCUGGCCUUGACAGUUAUGGAAACCCUGUUCAAAACCUACGGGAUGCAACCGCGAUCCCCUAUGAUCUAUGUGUUGUAGUGUGCGGAGGAGGUCCUGAAGCUUUUGAUUGGUCCAAUUUCUCGAACCAGCUCAAUACCUGGCUACUUCCAUGGCUUGCCUUACUCUCUCAACUUCCAUUCGGAGCCAACGACCACCUUCAAAACUUACUUGCCGUCGUCCUUACCAUUGGCUCUCCUGUCCUGGCAUCAUACUCUGUGGUGCUGACAGUGCUUAAUGGACGAUGGAUUGCGCAACGGUUUUCUGGCUCUACCUAUCCCAACACGCUUGCGGCCGUACGUGCUUUGAAAGAUCUACAGCAAGCACCGAUUACAUUGAAUUUAGAUGACAAGGCACUUUUGGCUUCUUUGGUCGUUCUUCCAGAGAAUGAUGAUUGGUGGAAGAAACUUUUACAGCAUAUUGACUGCACGCAUACGUGGUCGAUAUCCGCUGGUAUAUCUCUGGCAUGGGUUUUCAUUGCCUACGCCAUCUCUGUCAUAGACUCUCUCUUCAAUGUGUUACAGGGAGUAGAAGUCGAUGGCCUUGGCUCAGUCUGGCUCUGGCUUCUUCCUGUCGUUAUUUCCUGGCUGCAGAUUUCACCCAAAUGCGAUAGCGGUCGAAUAACAGAGUCACUGCGACAUGCUAACGAGAUUGCUUAUGUUGCUGUCGAAGGCUGCAACAAAUCUAAACGUGCAGGAGAAAUUAGUGAUCAUCGUGCCUUCUUUUUCAAAGACGGUCACAAUCCAUUGUACAGCGAUGAGCGAUGUACAUCGCCGAUCUACAACUAUUCCCGUCUGUUUUCCUGGACUGCCGUUGUGGAGGAAGUAUGUGUCUGCUUUGAGGAAGCAACCAGACGUUCUCGCCUCUAUCAACCUGUUGCUUCAGAAAAAGAGUGGGUUCUUGGGGAACAAUCUUGUUAUGUGGAAUUGGAAAACCGUUAUGGCACGUCGUCGGAAGUGGUCACAUAUUGUUCGCCGCUCUUUCGACAGACAGAUAGAUGGGGUCCCGGUGUAUUUGGAAGGAUUGCUGUUUCUUCGAUUAUGGCCCUUUUUCUCCAGUGGGGCACUGCUGGUGCUGCUAUGAUUGUUGCAAUAAAAACACCUACUCGUGGUCUCAGUUGCCUCUCCGGGAGCUUCCUCGUUUAUGCAUCGGUUUCAACAGUUGUCUGGUUUUUUCUGCUCAUUGCAAGCAUUCUUUCUCACUUUUCUUCUUUCAAUAAUGUAUACUCCAAUAUGACUGCUACACUUUCUAUCAUUAUACGUCGAGUUGGAAAAUUUUUGGCUGCGGCAAAUGCCGUAUGGAUUUUGACUGCAUGUAUAUUCAAUUUCAGUUCGUUCUUUGACAGGUGCUACUGCAACAGUAGCGUACUAGGGAUUGGCGCUGCAAAAGCCUUCAAUGUCUUAAUUUUCACACAAGCCGACCAGUUCUCCACGCGUACGGCUUGGAUUGGAGCAGCUUUUUUGGCAAUGGGUUCUGCAGCCAUUUAUAUUAUAUUUAUCAACUUGUACGUUAAUUCUCCGCUAUCAGCCACUAUUUGUGAUUCCGAAUCAAACGUAUGCGUAUAACAGUACAGAGUAUGUACACUAC